CACCCAGAUCCAAUGUACCAAGUCAACUGCGUCGAACAGUCAGUUCACUUGAAAAUACCACUCGAACCCCUCUCCAAAUCCCGAAACUACCCCUACCCUUCUUCUUUCUUCUUCACCUUAAAACAACCCCCUUCCCUCUAUUUCCGAAUCGUCAAUGGCAGACUCUCAGUCCCACUCUCCGUCUCUGUCUCAUGAACACCAAACCACUCGUUCCGAGCUUCGUCCUCAGAGCUUCAAUGUCGAAGGUCACGUGAUUUUCGGCGCUGAGCACGUGAGAGAUUCAAAUUCGGAUGCUGCUGAGUUUAGUGGCGCCGGAUCGAACAACGGUGCCAAGUACAGGCUCAUGUCGCCGGCGAAGCUCCCGGUGUCCUGGUCCACGCGUAUCGCCAUACCUCCCGGCCUCAGUCCGACGUCGUUUCUCGAGUCUCCACUCCUCCUCUCCAGCAUCAAGGCAGAGCCUUCUCCAACUACAGGUUCCUUUUGCAAUCCUGAACUUACAAAAGGCUCAUCUACCACAAAUUGUUCUAGUAGGAACACCUUUGAUGAAAGAAAAUCCAGCGGCUUUGAGUUUAAACUUCAAAGUGGAUUUAAUUCAGUUUCAGGGUUGUCUUCGGCAGGACCUGCGAUUUCUACAGGUUUCAACCAGCAGCAAAGGGAAUUACGGGAACAUGUUCUAGAUCAAUGCCAGUCUAUGUCAUUUGCUUCAUUACCUUUAGUUAAGUGUGAAAUGGAAGCCUCCUCAAAAGAAUAUAAUAGGGUUGGUGUACCUACUGGAGUUGAUUCAGUUGAGUUAAACCAGAGAGAGCACCCCAAGCCUGGGAAUCAAGCAUCCCUGUCUGAUGAUAAAGAUACUGGGCCUGCAGUCACAGCUGAGAGGUCUUCUGAUGAUGGGUAUAACUGGCGAAAAUAUGGGCAAAAACUUGUUAAAGGAAGUGAGUUCCCACGAAGCUACUACAAAUGUACAUAUGCUAAUUGCGAGGUGAAAAAGAUUUUUGAACGUUCUCAUGAUGGACAGAUCACAGAGAUUGUCUAUAGGGGUACACAUGAACAUCCUAAACCACAGCUUAGCCGUAGAUUUUCUACUGGUGCCAUUAUGUCCAUCCAGGACGGAAAAACUGAUAAGGUUUCAUCUUUAACUGAUCAACGAAACAAGUCCACCAUUAAUGCCCACGCUUGUAACACUGAGCCUAAUGGGACUCACGUGCUAUCCCCUCAACAAGCGAAUGGUGAUAGUGUUUAUGGUGCAGCCCCACAAUUUAACAGUGUUCAAGACGAGGGUGACGAAGAUGAUCCUUUUUCAAAACGGAGAAAGAUAGAUAUAGGUGGUGUUGAUGUCACACCAGUGGUUAGGCCCAUCCGUGAACCUCGCGUUGUUGUUCAAACUAUGAGUGUGGUUGAUAUACUGGAUGAUGGGUAUCGGUGGCGUAAAUAUGGGCAGAAAGUUGUCCGAGGCAAUCCAAAUCCCAGGAGCUACUACAAGUGCACAAAUAUCGGAUGCCUAGUGAGGAAACACGUGGAGAGGGCAUCUCACGACCCCAAAGCAGUUAUCACUACAUAUGAGGGAAAACACAAUCACGAUGUGCCUACUGCAAGGACUAGUAGCCAUGACUUAGCAGGAUCUGGACCAGUAAAAGGAAUCUCAAAUAUCAGAUCAGGGGAGAAUGAUAGAAUUCGCCUUGAUCUCGGGGUGGGGAUUAGCUGUGGUGACGGAAACGGUGAGCAGCAGCAGAGGCUGGAUGCUGCCCCCCUCCAAAGCCAAGUGCAAGUUACCUCCUCUGAUUUGAACGAAGUUCAAGCGUCAUCGUGUACAGCAUAUUACGGUCCUAUUAAUGGUAACCUGAAUUUAUAUGGAUCAAGAGAAAAGCGUAUUGAAGGCCUUAGUUUUGAGACUACACCUUUACACCAGUCCUCUAACCAGUAUUCUCAAAGCCUUGGAAGGAUACUUUUGGGCCCUUGA